GAACGAUUUGGAAUAUUUGUACACCGAAUAACGUAUCGAAAUACAUUUUAAACAUAGACAUUUAAACUGUCAUUGAGUGAUCGUUUGUCGUUACUAUGGAAUUUACCGGGAAUGUUUAAAGAUCUGAAGAAGAAACAGGGCAAAUAUAAUGCAAGAAUUGUAGCACCAACGAUGACUAACCGAGAAUGGGGAGCAAUCAAGUGAAAGCCAAGAAAAUAAACGUAGAACAGCAGUCCAUCGCCAUCAAAAACACAGAACCGAUCACAAAUACCGCAUUAGAUGUGAUUGUGGAAGAAUCAGAUGACCACUCUGAUGCUGAAACGAGUGUAAAAGCAGAAACAAAUAAUGAAGAAAAUGUAAAAAAUAAUGAAGAUUCCGUAGUUCCUCCAUUAGUAUUGUCUCUAGAUAAGGACGUAGAACCGUAUGACAAUGUAGCAUUAAACAAUCAGGGAAAGGAUGAGCCGAAUGAGGUACCUCCCGCCCUGCCUGGCUAUCGGCCCCCGGCACCCCAGGAGCUUACGAUCGAUGACAUCCGUCCCCCGAUACCCUGGUACGAAGAUGACGUGGAGAAGGACGAAUUUGAUUGGACAGAGGUCGAGGAGGAUAUGCAGCAGUAUGACGAGGACAGGACGGUCAGCUCGUUCCCUUCAAGCUACGCAACUCCGGGAACUUCAAUAACACCGCGGUCAGUUUUGAUUAACUCCCCUUUUGUGUCUGGUCCGCUCUCUUCUCGUCCUCUCAUUUCGCCGUCAGGUCGGAAAGUGUCAUUCAUGCAUCAAGAACGAACCCGCAAUUUUGUUCGUAGAGGCGGAUCUGCUGUAUCGGUUGACGCCGUAUCCAUACAUGGUAUACCACGUCGUCAUCAUCCGAGAAAAGGCUCUUUGAAUUUCGCUGUGAUAGACAAUCAUGUUCGAAAGACGACACCCGAACAUUCGAAGACGUUUUCAGCGUUGGUGGACUUCUUACGGCAGCCAAUACGGUUCCAUCCGCUAUCUGACAUCAUGAUGGCUAGGGCGGCUAUCGUCUGGCUUGCCUACCAGAACAUCAAGAGCGCCCUUCUAGUACAUCCAACUAUUUCAACACCAAAAGGCCUCAUUAAGUUGCUCGCUCAAGGAAAUAUAUCGUACUCGGAAGCAUAUGUAGUUCUUUGCAGGGAAGCGGGUCUUCAGGCAGUGUUAAUCGACGGAAUCGCGAAAGAGAGCGAUAUGGAUAUGGUGGACAUUCGGUCCCAGGUGGCACCGGAUUCCUGGGUCGCCGUCAAUGUAGAGGCAGACUGGCAGAUUGUCCAUCCAUACUGGAUUUGCAAGCGACUUGAUGGUCUUGGAUGGUCAUUCGAUGACUUGAUACGACGAGAAGAAGAACAAAGUGGUCGAAAGCGCUCUGAAAUUGUACAACAGUUAAAGACAGUGUUGAAGACAUUUAUAAAUGAAGACUAUUUCAUGCCUACCCCGGAAGUGUUUGUUCAUUCAAACUGGCCGGAAGAGCCCCGUUGGCAAUUGCUUAGACCACAACAUACGGUUCAAACAAGAGAGGAGUUUUAUGCACUACCAAUACUGUCCCCAGCCUUUUUUAGAUACGGACUACGAUUAGUAUCUGAACGAUCAUGUGUUCUUGAGUCUGUGCUGGGGAAAGUUAAAAUUUGGAUAGCUGCGGAUUUCAACAAUGCCCAUAGAUUAACAUUAUCGGCUGAGUUGUUUUUAUUAGAAACACCUUUUUCAAACGCUAAAUGCAUUCUCCCUGAUCUUCCAAGGAUGAUGAUACAAAGCAGACAUAAUGAGUUCUUUUAUUUUGAAAUACGAUUUCCCAUUGAAGGUGCUUUCAGACUGGAAAUCAGCGGUGGUUAUCAUAAAUCACAUCGUCUUCGACUCUGCCAAUUUAAACUCAUAUGCAACGAACGAAUGAGGAACUUCAAAUUUACGCCGUACUUCGCGGAACCACUUAUGUGGGGUCCGGGACCAGAAUGUUUUGACAACGGACUUGUGCUUCCGUCGAAACCAACGGGUAUAGUGAAGGUGUAUCAGCAAGUUAUUGCUCCGGAUCCGCACAAUCCGACCCCUUUGGAUAGACCUCCAAUGUACAAACAAAAGCAAUUCUUGUUUCACUUGCAUGUUGACAAAUCAAAAAUGAUAGACUAUAUAACAGAGGUUCACGGUUUCCUACCAGAUGAUAACAGUAGGGAGGUCACACCGCUAGAUGCAACGGGGCAGUUACUGCUAAAGAAGAAGCAUCAAUCAGCAAAGAAAAGCAAUGUCUCGCCUGAGAAACAAGACUAUUCCGAUUUUGCAGAGUGCUAUAGGGACACUAGGAGGAGGCAGCUGGUAUUAAAUAUACAGAUACCGCAUCCAGGGGAAUUUGCUUUGGUGAUAAGUGCAGUUCCAUAUACUAUAGAUGAAGAUGGCCAGACAAAGAUUUUUGGAGAACCUGUCAAAGUGUGUGUUUACAUGCUGAGAACUGUAGACGAUUCUCUAAGAGAGAAUGUCCAUCAAAAGCUUGCCCGAGCCGAGUUACAGACUACUAUGCAAGGAAAAAAUCCGACAGCGGUUUACAAUGCUCUAGAAAAGUGUCACAGGGUGAAAAUACACAGGCACGACGACGAGCUGGCAGCAGGGCGAAACAGAGCUGCGUUCUUGUCUUUGAGAAAAGAAAUAUUUGACGCAAUACACCGACGAAACUACAGAGUCUGCAACGAAACGUUGAUGAAAACGUCCCGAUACCGCGACAAGGGUGCGUUGAUAGUGGAGACUCGGCGAUUGUUCGCUGUACGCAAGCAACUCAAACUUCUGCUACAAUUCCCAAAGUAUGUUCCCGAGCUUCGUCACGCGGGAGAUGAGUUGAUAUAUGUGCAUGAUCCUCAACCGGAAGUGCAUAUUACGAUGGGUGCUCUGUUUCUACUUCUGGAAGAACCUGAUCGAGCGAUCGAGAGUUGGGAUUACAUCGUCAAACAUCUUAGUAACGACCAUGUGUACAAAAAGAUGUACUUGAUAGCUGAACUGUUCCCUUCGAAGAACACUCGUACCAAGAUUCUUACGCUCUUAGCAGAAUAUGACUACGAACGGGUGAAGCGUGUCAGUGCUGCUGCCUCCAAAUUCUAUAUUUGGACUCAGAAGGUGAUCGGUGUACUGGAGGACAUGGACUUUACGAUAGACGAGGACGCUGCUAAGAAACUCAGUGAGGAUGCGGCCCUGCGGAAGGAGAAAGAGGAAAAUCAGGUUCAUCUUACGCUUGCAAAGGAUGCAAACCAAUUACACAAAACACCCGCUAACGACGACAAACACUUGCAGACGACCAAGAAGGUGCAGAUUAUAACGGAGGAAGACCUAUGACUGGUUUAUAGCUGUGAUGUAGAAAUAUGUCAGGGAACUUAUUUACCAAAGGUGCAACGUGCAAUAAGCUGACAGCGAACUAUAAUGACUAGCUAGAUGUAUUCCUUGGAUUAAUGUCGGUCAUUUAACAGUGUUAAACUUGUAUAGAAUAAAUGAAUAUUUAUUAUACGGAAUCAGUCAUAUAGUUUUAAUAUAAGUAUUUGACAUACAUAAUUAAACAAUGAUGUUUGAAUCAUAGUUGCAACUUUUCAAAAUGUGUCAUAUUAUUGUAUAUAUGCGUUUACAUGUGGGCAUAAAUACAUGAUGGAAUAAUU